CCACACUCCAGCACAGUGAUCGAUCUCAGGGUGUUCUGUCGCUUUGUAUGUGUAGCACACAAAGCCGGGAAGUCGAACACGAAGGCCACAUUGAACACCAUAACACCCACAAGUUAGUAAUGGAAGUACAAAGCCAACCACAGAAUCCUGGCCCUGUCACUCAAACACGUUUAAUCACAGACUGUAAGAGAGAAUUUCUUGAAACAGAUGAUCUCAAGAAACAAUCUGCUACCGACACAUUGGAAACAGAUGAUCUCAAGAAACAAUCUGUUACCGACACAUUGGAAACAGAUGAUCCCACGAAACAAUCUGUUACUGUCACAUUGGAAACGAAUAAUCUCAAGAAACUAUCUGUUUCGGACACGCUCGAAACAGGGAAUGCCGAGAAACAGAGAGAUUGUGGUGGUUCACCAAAGCAACCUCAUAGGUGUAGUGCAUGUGGGAAAACAUUUGCACAAUCCGGUAAAAUGAAACGGCACAUGCUUUGGCACAAUGAAGUGAAGUGUGAUGGUCCAGAAAAGCAGCCUCAGGUCAAGCCUUAUCAGUGUGAUGAGUGUGGGAAAACGUUUACAAAAUCACGUGGCCUGCAGUUACACAUGAGGCUUCACAGAGGGAUCAAGCCAUAUCGGUGCAUUGUAUGUGAGAAAACAUUUACGACUUCAGGUAGUCUGAGGAAACACAUGAGGGUACACAUUGGAUGCAGGCCUUAUCAGUGCAAUGUGUGUGAGAAAACAUUUUCACAAUCAACUAAUCUGAAGAAACACUUGAGGAUUCACAGUGGAAUCAAACCCCAUCAGUGCAUUGUGUGUGAGAAAACAUUUUCACAACCACGUGGACUGCAGACACACAUGAGGAUACACAAUGGAAACAAACCUUAUCGGUGCGUUGUGUGUGAGAAAACAUUUAGACACUCAGGUAGUCUGAAGAAACACAUGAGGAUUCACAGUGGAAUCAAGCCUUAUCAGUGCGUUGAAUGUGGGAAAACAUUUACAUUAUUGGAUGGCCUGAAGUCACACAUGUGGAUUCAUAGUGGAAUCAAGCCUUAUGAGUGUGUUGAAUGUGGGAAAAGAUUUGUAGGCUCAACUGGUCUGCGGGGACACAUGGGAAUUCACAGUGGAAUCAAGCCUUAUCAGUGUGCUGAAUGUGGGAAACAAUUCACAUUAUCGACAAGGCUGAGGUCACACAUGAUUAUUCACAGUGAAAACAAUCCUUAUCGGUGUGUUGAAUGUGGGAAACAAUUUACAAAUUCAGUUAACCUGCAGGCACACAUGAAGAUUCACAGUGGAAUCAAGCCUUACCAGUGUGUUGAAUGUGGGAAAACAUUUGCACAUUCGCAUCAAAUGAGGAUACACAUGAGGAUUCACAGUAAAAUCAAGCCUUAUCAGUGUAUUGAAUGUGGGAAAGGAUUUAUAACGUCAGCUAUACUUCUGAAUCAUAUGAAGAUUCACAGUGGAAUAAAACCUCAUAAGUGUGUUGAAUGUGGGAAAACAUUUACACAGUUGGGUGCACUGCAGACACACAUGACGAUUCACAGUGAACUCAGGCCUUUUCAGUGUGAAGUGUGUCAGAAAACAUUUAAAUUACCAAGCGUCCUGAAGAGACACAUGAUGAUUCACACUGGAAGCAAGCCUCAUCAGUGUAAUUGGUGUCCGAAAGCAUUUCCACUAUCAAGUGAUCUGAAGAAACACAUGAAAAUGCACAGUUAUAUCAAGUCAAAGAAGUGCGUUGAAUGUGGAAAGGGAUUUACAAUAUCACGUUACCUUCAGUUGCACAUGAAGAUUCACGGUGGAAACAAAUGAGUGAGUGAGUUGGGUUUAACGCCGCUUUUAGCAGUAUUCCAGUUAUAUCACGGCGUGUCAGCUUAAUGUGGUAGGAAAGCCCGAAGUG